AUGGCAUCCAACUUCUUUGGAAAAGGGCCCCAGAACCUCCGAUACACGCACACUUGCUUCCUAUUUAGCCCGGUCAAAUUUUCGACAGGUCAACUUCCCUCUGUGUUCUACCUAUCCCAUAAUAAUCGCGGUAAAGGUGGCUCGGUUGGGAGGUAUUUCCUCAAUAGCCGCAAAGUUGUCCAUAAGGAAUUAGUAACAACAAAACAUAUGAACUUGGGAGACUUCGAUAAUAUCAUGUAUGGCGCUCUCCGUGACGUUAUUGAGGGUCGAGUCGACACCGUCUCUAAGAAUGAGUACGCGGCCAAUCUUCUGCGCGAAUUCGACCCAGCCAUAGCCUCAAAACCGCCUGGCACUCUUCCGCCACCUGAACGUUCGUUAUGCGAGGUUUACCUGAUUAAAGUAGAGUCGCCAUGGCCAGAUGAACUUUGGAAGCAGAAAGAGCCAGGAAGUUGUAUCAUAAAUUAA